CGUGUGUAUUGUUGCGCGAAUUGUAUUAUUUACUUUAUUUUGCAAAGAAACAAGAAAUUAUUUAAUUUCGUAUAACAUUCAGUGGUAAACUACAAUGGAUGUAGACGACUCGGCAGUGGAUCUUAGCGUAAGCAGGUCCCUGCCUCCUGAGCUCAGCGAACUUAGGGCUCUGACCGCUAGUGGCCUGACCAUAACACCAGCUCAGCCUCCACCUCAUGGCGCGACUGGAAAACGGGUCCUUCGCCCUAGAUCUGAACAACGCAGUUAUGCAGAGAGCCCCGACAUAGUACUGCUUCCGGCUGCUCCACCGCACCGAAAGCCCUUAUUGCCUGCACCAGCACCAUUUACUGAUGUGAGCAGCAAACUCAACAGUGGCGCAGUGAAUGUGUCAAUUACAGCUAGUGCAGUGCCCACAGUGUUGCCUGCGGUAGAAUCCCCACGUGACCCGCAGGACGAUGAGGAGUCGGACGAUGAAAAUGAACCUCCCCUGCCGAUACCAGGACAUCGGGAAUUAUCAAGCGCUGAGAUAUGGGAGCGCGAGCGUAGUCUUAGAGCGCUGAGAGAGAAGCUCCGCGCAGAGGAGACGCGGUUGGUACUACUAAGAAAGCUGCGACAAUCCCAGCAAGCUGCCACUUUGCCACCAGCUAAGGAUGCAAGCGCGGCGGCGGCUGCGGGUACCGCGCUGGCGGGCAGCGGCUGUGUGGUGCCGCCCGGCGUCACCGUCACGCCCGCCCCUCCGCCCGCCCACCAGCACGCUAAGCGUAGCGGCAGUGUGGCCGGUAGUCUGGCCGCGGGCAAUGCGGCGCGGCGCACGGCGAGCCUGCCCGGCGGCGCAACCCUCACGCCCGGCUCGUACCGCACACAGACGAUGUCUGGAGGCGGCGCUAGUAUUACACCAUCAGUCACAAUCACCCCAGCGCCGCCGCCUACAAACCACGUUGCUCCAAAGCCCGCUCAGGAUAACUCGUCAGUCACCAGCAGUACAAGCGAUGCCGCCAGUUCUCGCAGUUCGGAAGACACUCAAACGCCGGCUCAGCGACAAGCUGCCGCUAAGCUAGCUCUACGCAAACAGCUUGAAAAAACAUUGCUGCAGAUCCCACCUCCCAAACCUCCCCCACCGGAAAUGAACUUCAUUCCGUCGCCUAGCAACACGGACUUCGUUUAUUUGGUGGGGUUGGAGCACGUUGUUGACUACCUUACUAAUGAAGACCGCAGUAUGCCACGGUCGAGCGUGCCCGCCGUGUGCGCGCAGUGCGGCAGCGACUUCACGCCCGUGUGGCGCUGGGAGCGGCAGCCGGCGCGCCGCCAGGACGCCACGUUCUCGUGCAACCCGCUGACGCCGCACGCGCGCCGCCUGUGCGAGCUGUGCGUGUCGGGGAACGUGAAGCGCGCGCUCAAGGCCGAGCACACGGCGCGCCUCAAGACCGCCUUCGUGCGCGCUCUACAGCAAGAGCAGGAGAUAGAGCGCCGGCUGGCGGCGCCCUCGCCCCCGCCCGCCGCGCCGCCGCCGAGCACGCCCGCACCGCCCGCGCCCGCGCCGCCCAGCACGCCUGCGCCGCCGCCUGCGCACGCGCACCACCACCGCCCGCCGCAGAUGACGUUAUCUCGCUCUACGUCUCGCAACAGCGCCGCUCCCACGCCGCCCGCACCCCCCGCGGCUAAACCCGCGCCUCCGGCCAACAGCAGUCGCAAUCUGAGCUCUACGGAAGCCAUGCGUGGACACCACUCCGAGAGGGCGCGUGACUCUGAGCCGCCGGCCAAGAAAGGUAAAGGGUCUUCAUCGACAACCAGUAGCCAAGGAAGCAGUAGCAAACAACAUCAGCAGUUGGCGGCGGCAGCGGCUGCUCAAAUGGCGUUCGAACAGCAGAGCGCAGCGGCAAUGCAGGCGUUGCAACACCAGCUGCUUAGAGGUCUGAGCGGCGCCGGAAGCAGUGGCGGCAUGUCACCAGCGGCGGCGGCAGCGGCAAUGAUGCAGUUCUCACCGCUGCUGUACACCUACCAGUUGGCGUUGGCGCAGCAAGCCAACGCGCUGGGCAAGCGCUCCGGUAAGAAUAGCGGCGGCAGCGCGGCGAUGGCGGCAGAGAUGCAACGCGUGGCAGAGGCGCAACGGCAGUACCUCCUGGACAUGAUCCCCGGACAGCACACGCGCAACCCUUGGACCAAGAACUGAGCAAUACGCAGGUAGUUCUGCGUUUGAGAAGAGAAUAAGCGAGAAGAGCAUUUGGAGAGUUAAGUUUAGUUGUAUUUUACAGUAUAAAUAAUAUAGAUAGGAUGAAAAACUAUUCUCAUGAAUGAAGAUCUCCGUCCACUACAUCGGUCCGCACAGUGUGCGAUGACGUACAUUGAUAACGUUCUUAUGUCUAUCAAAAUAACAAUUAAUUUGUUGUGUUAAAUAAAGUCUUACACUGGAAUUCAGAGAUGAGAGGUAAACAGUUCUCCAAAAUGCAACUUACAACAUUUUUGUAGGUUUUUCUUUCAUAGUCAGUUCCUGAAGAAUACCGUAACUAAAUAAUUCAUCAUCGCAGGAAUUUAAUAAUCAAACAAAUGCGAAAUCUUCAGAUAUUAGAUUGAAAUAAGUAGUGUUAUCCUUUUCCUAAUCUACCCUGUGGAUAAGGAUAACAAUACUUAUUUUAAUAACACAUGUGAAGAUGAUGAUUUCGGAUUAGAUUGAUUAUUAGUUAUUACUAGAGGAAAUUUUGGAAAAAUAAUCAAAAGUCAGCUUUAAGCAUCUAAGAUCUGGCAAAUGGACCCCGCCCUAUCUAUAAAAUAAAGGUUAAACUCGUUGCAUGACGCCUGAAUCGUUCCUAUAGGAGCAUCUUGAAUGAAUUCCAGUAACAAGACCCUAUCUCUUAAACGUAAAAAGACCUCUGGUCUCUAAACCUGGCGCAGUAGACUAUUCUACAAUUGUAUGAGAAUAAGUGUGAUUAAUAUUAAUUAUUGAAUGAAUAUUUGUGUCAUACGCAAAAAAAGUGCUAUUCUUAUGUAAGUUAUAUAAAUAGCACCCUGCUCAGUAAGAUGGCCAGAGUUUUUUUUACGUCAGCUGGUACAUUCAUUAAAAUAUAUAUUUGUUGAAAUACAAAUAUGCUUAUAAAGCGGCUGAUGGAGUGGUCGGAGUUGAGACUGGUACACGUUAAGAAUUUUUAAGAUAGGUAUAGUUUAUGUUUAUAUAGUUCUCCAAAAUUCGGUAUACAACUGGCGCCCUUAGAGGAACUUUGUGUAAUAAGACAAACAACUUUUUCAAUAGAAUGGUGGGAUAGAAAUACC